AUACACUCAGCUUACUCUCUUUCUCUCUCCUCUGUUUUUCUGUUUGGUUCCACUUGCUUGCCCUAGAUCUCACACGCCAAUAUAUUAUUUUUAUUUUAUUAUAAUUAUAAUUAUAAUUAUAAUAAUACAUGUGCAAAGAAAUACAGAUCCUUUUUUUGGCUUUUGAAAGAUUUGGAGAGUUCUUGCAUCACAAAUAGUAAGUGAAGAGAGAAAAAAAAGAACUUUUCUUUCUUUGCAUAUAUCUUAAGAUUUGUGUUUGUUCUCAUAAAUUCACAAAUAUUGCUUCUGAUUAUUGCGUAGCUCAAAGAGUUGAGUGGAUUAUUGGUCUCACAAAUUUGGUGAAGGGGUCUAGAUUUUGAAUGUUGUUGGGUUGCUGAUGUGUAAUUCGUAGAUGAAGACAUCUCAGGGGUGGCGUUUAGGCAUGAAGGAGAUGCAAAUAUUGUCUGCACCUCGACAGCGUUCUCAGUUAAAGAAACCAACAUGGAUAAUCGUGUUGGUUUCUUUAGUUAGUUUGUUCCUAAUUUGUGCUUACGUUUACCCCCCUCAAGGUUCUGGUGCUUGUUAUGUAUUCUCAUUGAACGGAUGCAAGGGUGGUCUUUCCGAUUGGCUUCCACCUGCUCCUGCUAGAGAUCUGACAGAUGAAGAGCUUGCUUCCCAUGUUGUAACUGAUGAAAUUCUCAACACACCCCCCGUCGUACCAGAGAACCCCAAAAUAGCAUUUAUGUUCUUGACACCUGGUGCAUUGCCAUUUGAAAAGCUCUGGGACAGAUUUUUUCAGGGCCAUGAAGGCAAAUUUUCUGUCUAUGUACAUGCAUCUAAGGACAAACCAGUACAUUUUAGCCGUUACUUCCUCAAUCGGGAAAUUCGUAGUGACAAGGUAGUGUGGGGAAAGAUUUCUAUGGUUGAUGCAGAGAGACGCCUUUUAGCAUAUGCGCUUAAAGAGACUGACAAUCAGCAUUUUGUAUUACUUUCUGACAGUUGUAUACCCCUGCGUGAUUUUGACUACGUUUACAACUACCUAAUGUAUACAAAUGUCAGUUUUGUAGACUGCUUUGAGGAUCCUGGUCCUCAUGGAAGUGGAAGGUAUUCUGAACAUAUGUUACCUGAAGUUGAAAAGAAGGAUUUUCGAAAGGGUGCACAGUGGUUCACAAUGAAACGACAGCACGCCCUUGCAGUUAUGGCUGAUAGUCUCUACUAUAGAAAAUUCAAGGACUACUGCAGGCCAAACAUGGAGGGUAAUCGGAACUGCUAUUCUGAUGAGCACUAUAUACCAACCUUUUUCCAUAUGCGUGAUCCAAAUGGAAUUUCAAAUUGGUCAGUAACACAUGUUGAUUGGUCUGAAGGGAAGUGGCACCCAAAAUCAUAUGUGCGCAAAGAUAUCACGUUUGAUCUUAUGAAAAACAUAACAUCUAUUUCAGAGAAUGUGCAUGUGACAAGCGAUGCGAGGAAAGAAGUUCAGAUUAGGCCAUGUCUAUGGAAUGGAAAUCAACGACCAUGUUACUUGUUUGCCAGAAAAUUCUUACCUGAAACUCUUGAUAGCUUGUUGGAGCUUUACCCCAAUUAUACAUCGAUUUAAGUGGGGUUGUUGAUAACACCCACACCGAUUCUUUGGUCGAUUCAAUCCGACCCCCCUUCAUCAUCCUCAUUUCUUGUGUAUCUUCCAGUGUUGUAAAGCGCCCCCCCUCUUCACAGAAGGAUCGAGUAAACCAGGCUUAUUUUUUGAGCGCUAGGGCUACUGGCAGACGCGGUUUGGGCGACUGUAUUAAAAGCCAAGGAAUGUUAAAACCCAUUGCCCCGAGACGUCGUGCUUCCUUUUGGGGGUAGGUGAUUUCAUGUUUAGUUUUUUCUUUUUUUUUCUUUUACUUCAGUUUUGGGCUAUUUUUGUUAUAUUGAUCUUAGUGUUGGGAUUAAGAAAUUUUUGGGGACCUGUUUAACUACAGCACUGUAUUGUUGACCUUUGUAGAAGUUGCAAAUAUGGCCCAUGUUUAAAGAAACUGUCAAAUUUUGAUUUUGGUAAAUUUUUGAAUCUAUAGAAAUUUCAGAAUCCCAUAAA